UCCCUCAGCUGAUGUGAAGGCUGAGAGAGUGGAGCACUGUCUGUUACAACUACAACACUGGAACAAAUAGUUGAAACCAAUAUUAAUCCAUGAGCACACUUCUCCAGCGUGCCAGUGGCCAUCGAAGGUGAGCUUUUGCCCAUGGAAGUCGGUUACAACGCCAAACUGCUGUCAGGUCAAGACCCCGGUGAGGACGACGAGCACACAUGAGUUUCCCUGAAGAUUUAGAGGUGUAUGUCUCCAUGUGAUGUGUUUGGCUGAGGCUCAUUGAUCUUGCAUACUGCCCUUUGCUGCCUUCAAACAAUUGGUAAUUGAAUGGUAGUGUCUAGAAAGGGUAUGUCCCUUCAGGAGAGAGGUGCCAAUGUCCAACCGGCCUAAUUCCAAUCCAGGGGGGUCACUGCGCCGUUCACAGAGGAACACUGCUGCGGCCCAGCCACAAGACCAGACAGUCGCAGGAAGAUUACAGUCAGAGCAGGUAAAACAUAAAGCAAAUUCCCCUCCUGAAAGUAGAAGACCUAAAUCUAAGGCUUCCAAAGCCGCAACCAGCUCAGCCUCUGGCCAGUCCAGAGGGCACAGCUCAAGAAGCAGUCUGUCACUGUCUGUGGCUUCAUUUGUGCUGCAAGACGACCCAGAGGCCGCAGGGACAUCAGAGCGAGAGCCAACAGCACACCAAUCCAAGACUGAAGGCACCACCCGAGGGUUGAAGAGAAAUUCUGCACUUGACCUCAACACCUACACCCCCACCCCAGCCAAGAAGUCAAAAUCCAACCCCCCACCCAGAGACCGUACCACUGAGGCCAAGAAAGGCCCUGCCAAAUCCUCCAAGAAGAGACCCCUGGCUACAGAGCCACCUACAGGCUGCGGCCAGAGCAAGAAGAGCGGGGCCUCUGGGCCUUCACCGACUCUGAAACGGAAGAAGGCUGACUCCCUCCCCUGUCUGAGCAGCACUGCUGGGUCGCUCCCCAACCGUACCGACGGCAGAUCUGCAAAACCCACCAAGCUGGCGUCGAAGUCGGCCGCCUCAGCCAAAGCUGGGUGUAGCACGGUGACUGACUCCUCCUCUUCUGCCUCCACCUCUUCCUCCUCCUCCACAGGCAUUAACAGUGCCACUGCCACACAGGGCGCCAGGCUCAAGCAGGGCAAAGACCAGAACAAGGCACGUCGUUCCCGCUCCGCCUCCAGCCCCUCCCCACGCCGAAGCACCCGUGACAAGGAGCAGGCCAAAGCCGCCGUCUCGUCUAAGUUUGAGUGGGCGGCCCGCUUCAGUCCCAAAGUCAACCUGCCAAAGCCCAAACUGUCCCUACCCAGCUCCUCCAAGACAGAGACCGCCUCCAAACCUGGACCCUCAGGACUACAAGCCAAACUAGCAAGUUUGAGGAAGUCCACUAAGAAGCGCAGCGAGUCUCCUCCAGCAGAGCUCCCCAGCUUUCGGCGGAGCACACGCCAGAAGACCACGGGCUCCUGCGCCAGUACCAGUCGGCGAGGCUCAGGCCUGGGCAAGCGCGGGGCAGCCGAAGCUCGCCGACAAGAGAAGAUGGCUGACUCGGACAACAACCAGGAUGGGGCCAACUCCUCGGCCGCCCGCACUGAUGAGGCCCCGCAGGGGGCUUCGGGUACAGCUUCUAGCUCAGUGGCCGGAGCUGUAGGGAUGACCACAUCCGGUGAGAGUGAGUCCGAUGACUCUGAAAUGGGCAGACUCCAAGCCCUGCUGGAGGCCAGGGGUCUACCCCCACACCUCUUUGGGCCCCUGGGACCCCGCAUGUCCCAGCUGUUUCACAGAACUAUAGGCAGUGGAGCCAGCUCCAAGGCUCAGCAGCUGCUGCAGGGCCUGCAGGCCACCGGCGACGAGUCCCAGCAGCUCCAGGCCGCUAUCGAGAUGUGCCAGCUUCUAGUGAUGGGCAACGAGGAGACGCUAGGAGGCUUCCCCGUGAAGAGCGUUGUGCCUGCUCUGAUCACAUUGUUACAGAUGGAGCAUAACUUUGACAUUAUGAACCACGCCUCCCGUGCUCUCACUUACAUGAUGGAGGCGCUGCCUCGGUCCUCUGCUGUGGUCGUGGAUGCCAUCCCCGUCUUCCUGGAAAAGCUUCAGGUGAUUCAGUUCAUUGACGUGGCGGAGCAGGCUCUGACUGCCUUGGAGAUGUUGUCAAGGCGACACAGCAAAGCCAUCCUGCAGGCUGGUGGCCUGGCUGACUGUCUGCUGUACCUGGAGUUCUUCAGCAUCAACGCCCAGAGGAACGCCCUGGCCAUUGCCGCCAACUGCUGCCAGAGCAUCACCCCUGACGAGUUCCACUUUGUCUCUGACUCUCUGCCACUGCUGACCCAGAGACUCACACACCAGGAUAAGAAAUCCGUUGAAAGCACUUGUCUCUGUUUUGCCAGGCUGGUGGACAACUUUCAACAUGAGGAGAACCUGCUGCAGCAGGUGGCCUCGCGGGACCUGCUGACCAACAUCCAGCAGCUGCUGGUGGUAACCCCGCCCGUGCUCAGCUCGGGCAUGUUCAUCAUGGUGGUGCGUAUGUUCUCCCUCAUGUGCUCCAACUGCCCCUGUCUGGCCGUGCAGCUCAUGAAGCAGAAUAUUGCAGAGACUCUGCGCUUCCUUCUGUGCGGCGCGGCCAACGGUAGCUGCCAGGAGCAGAUUGACCUGGUGCCCCGGAGCCCCCAGGAGCUCUAUGAACUCACCUCACUCAUCUGCGAGCUGAUGCCCUGCCUGCCCAGAGAGGGCAUCUUUGCUGUGGACCUCAUGCUGAAGAAGGGCAGUGCCCAGGCCACAGAGGGGGCCAUCUGGCAGUGGAGGGACGACCGGGGCCUGUGGCACCCCUACAACCGCAUCGACAGCCGCAUCAUUGAGACGGCCCACCAGAACGGAGAGGACGAGAUCAGCCUGUCCACCCUGGGCCGCGUCUACACCAUCGACUUCAACUCUAUGCAGCAGAUCAACGAGGACACUGGCACAGCACGGGGUAUCCAGAGGAAACCCAACCCCUUAGCCAACCCCACUACUGGGGGUCACCAGGAGGUGAGGAGGGAGGAUGCACGGGCCCAGCUGAUGAAGGAGGACCCUGAGUUGGCCAAGUGCUUCAUCAAGACCCUGUUCGGGGUGCUGUACGAGGUGUACAGCUCAUCGGCCGGCCCAGCCGUCAGACAUAAGUGCCUCCGAGCCAUCCUCAGGAUCAUCUUCUUCGCCGAUGCCGAGCUCCUCAAGGAUGUGCUGAGGAACCACGCUGUGUCCAGUCACAUUGCCUCCAUGCUGUCCAGCCAGGACCUGAAGAUUGUAGUGGGCUCUCUGCAGAUGGCUGAGAUCCUCAUGCAGAAGCUGCCUGACGUAUUCAGUGUCUUCUUCAGAAGAGAAGGUGUGAUGCACCAGGUGAAGAACCUGGCUGAGUCGGAGGCCUUCCUCACUAGUCCACCGAAGGCGUGCACCAGCGGCACGGCUAGCCUGUGUACCACCACCAUCAGCACUGCAAACACUACGGCGGCCACCACCGCCCCCCCAGACCUGGGCUCACCUAGCUUCCAGCACAGCAUGGACGACUCACUGGACCUCAGCCCACAGGGGAGGUUAAGUGAUGUGCUGAAGAGAAAACGUCUGCCUAAGAGAGGGCCCAGAAGGCCUAAGUACUCUCCUCCCAGGGACGACGACAAAGUAGACAAUCAGGCCAAGAGUCCUACCACUACUCAGUCCCCCAAAUCCUCCUUCUUGGCCAGUCUGAACCCCAAGACCUGGGGCAAGCUGGGCGCCCAGACCAACAGCACCAACUCUGAGCCCUCUCGCACGGCCGGUGUGAGUGGCCUGGCACGCGCCCUUCCCAAGGACUCUGUCUCCAACAACAGGGACAAGAUCAAGACUUGGAUCAAAGAGCAGGCCUGUAAGUUUGUGGCACGCUACUUCAACACUGAAAACAUUGAUGGCAGCAACCCCGCACUAAAUGUACUCCAGAGACUCUGCACCGCCACGCAACAGCUCAGCCUACAGAUGGACGGUGGCGUGGAGUGCCUCGUGGAGAUCUGCAGCAUCGUGUCAGAGUCGGACGUGUCGUCGUUCGAGAUCCAGCACAGCGGCCUGGUCAAGCAGCUGCUGCUUUACCUGACCUCCAGCAGUGACCGGGACCUGGUCAGCCGUGACGUCCGCCUCAAGAGGUUCCUGCACGUCUUCUACGGCUGCCCGAUCCCGGGGAUGGAGCCGGCAGGCCGCCUGGAGCCAUCUGAGAACGGGCCCCUGCUGUCACUGGUGCGCAAGAUGAACAACUGCCUAAGCCAGAUGGAGCAGUUCCCUGUCAAGGUGCACGACUUCCCCAGUGGCAACGGCAACGGGAGCAGAGGUUCUCAGGCUCUGAAGUUCUUCAACACACACCAACUCAAGUGUCAGCUGCAGAGGCACCCGGACUGCACCAAUGUGAAGCAGUGGAAGGGGGGUCCGGUGAAAAUUGACCCCCUGGCUUUGGUACAGGCCAUUGAACGCUACCUGGUGGUCCGAGGUUACGGACGAAUAAGAGAGGAGGAUGAGGACAGCGACGAUGAUGGUUCAGACGAUGAAAUUGAUGAAUCGCUGGCGGCCCAGUUCCUGAACUCAGGGAGCGUGCGCCACCGGCUGCAGUUUUACAUCGGCGACCACCUGCUGCCCUACAACAUGACGGUUUACCAGGCGGUGCGGCAGUUCAGCCUGCAGGCAGAGGAGGAGAGGGAGUCAACGGACGACGAGGCCAACCCGCUCGGACGGGCCGGCAUCUGGACCAAAACCCACACCAUAUGGUAUAAGCCAGUGAGGGAGGAUGAGGAUGGCACUAAGGAUGUGGUGGGAGGGAAGAGGGGCCGGGCACAGACUGCCCCCACCAAGAUCUCGCCCCGCAAUGCCAAGAAACAGGAUGAGCUGUGGCACGACGGCGUGUGUCCCAGCGUGGCCAGCCCGUUGGAGAUGUACCUCAUAUCAGAACCCCCAGAGAGCAUCACCUUCGACGACCCGUCUCUGGAUGUCAACCUGCUGCUGAGGGUGCUGCACUCCAUUAGUAGUUACUGGUUCUACCUGUACGACAAUGCUGUGUCUAAGGAGAUCAUCCCCACCAGUGAGUUCAUCAACAGUAAGCUGACAGCCAAGGCCAACCGACAGCUGCAGGACCCUCUGGUCAUCAUGACCGGCAACAUCCCCACCUGGCUCACAGAGCUCGGCAAGACCUGUCCCUUCUUCUUUCCAUUCGACACACGGCAGAUGCUCUUCUAUGUGACUGCUUUUGACCGUGACCGGGCCAUGCAGCGCCUCCUCGACACCAACCCUGAGAUCAACCAGUCAGAUUCCCAGGACAGCCGCGUGGCGCCCCGCCUCGACAGAAAAAAGCGAACGAUAAACCGUGAGGAGCUGCUGAAGCAGGCGGAGUCAGUGAUGCAGGACCUUGGCAGCUCCAGAGCCAUGCUGGAGAUCCAGUAUGAGAACGAGGUGGGCACAGGGCUGGGUCCCACCCUGGAGUUCUAUGCCCUGGUCUCCCAGGAGCUGCAGAGGGCCGACCUCGGGCUGUGGAGGGGUGAGGAGGUCGCCCUGUCCAACCCAAAAGGAAGCCAAGAAGGGACCAAGUACAUGUUCAGCUCCCGAGGGCUGUUUGCCGUUCCCUUUGGCAGGACAACCAAACCGGCACACAUCGCCAAAAUCAAGAUGAAGUUCCGCUUCCUGGGCAAGCUGAUGGCCAAGGCCAUAAUGGACUUCAGACUGCUGGACCUGCCCCUGGGGCUGCCCUUCUACAAGUGGAUGCUGCGGCACGAGACAUCCAUCAGCUCCCACGACCUGGUCAACAUCGACCCGGGCGUGGCCAAGUCCAUCCAGCACCUGGAGGACAUCAUCCGCCAGAAGAGGAGGCUGGAGCAGGACCGCUCCCAAACGAGAGAGACCCUGCAGCAGGCUCUGGAGAGUCUCAACAUGAACGGCUGCUCUGUGGAGGACCUAGGCCUGGACUUCACCCUGCCCGGUUUCCCCAACAUCGAGCUGAAGAAGGGAGGCAAGGACAUCCCUGUCACCAUCUACAACCUGGAGGAGUACCUCAGGCUGGUGGUCUACUGGACGAUGAACGAAGGUGUGUCCCGGCAGUUUGAAUCUUUCAGGGAAGGGUUUGAGUCAGUCUUCCCCCUGCAUCACUUGCAGUAUUUCUACCCUGAAGAGUUGGAUCAGCUGCUUUGUGGCAGCAAGUCCGAGACCUGGGACGUCAAGACCCUGAUGGAGUGCUGUCGGCCCGACCACGGCUACACACAUGACAGUCGUGCUGUGCGGUUCCUGUUUGACGUGCUCAGCAGUUUCGAUGCAGAGCAGCAGAGACUUUUCCUGCAAUUUGUAACAGGAAGCCCCAGGCUACCUGUUGGAGGUUUCCGUAGUCUGAACCCGCCGCUAACCAUCGUGCGGAAGACAUUUGAGUCGACGGAGAACCCAGACGACUUCCUGCCGUCGGUUAUGACCUGCGUCAACUACCUGAAACUGCCUGACUACUCCAGCAUCGAGAUCAUGCGCAAGAAACUGUUGAUUGCGGCCCGUGAGGGCCAGCAGUCCUUCCACCUGUCCUGAUCUCGCAGUCUCUCUCCUAUUCAAAAUGCCUUCUACAGCAAACUGACGAAAUCAUGACUUCCUUUUUAGUUUUUCUUUUUGUAAUCACCUACAUCAAGGCCAAGUGUGUACAGCCUUCUUGUUAGAGAACACAGCUUGCAGAAAUUAAAGGACUUGAGUUAUAUAUUUGCUGCCCCUGUCUCCUACAAAAAAGGCGUUAAAUGACUCGCAGAACAAAACAAAAAUUAUCAGUUGAGUAAUGUUUAAAAAAAACUAAGAAAAAAAAAAAACCUGAGUUACAUUUUAAAAUGCGUUGCUGUGUGAUAUUUAAAGGGAUGUUUCCCAAGUGGUGAAUGUCACUGUGGUGGGGAGGUCCAUAGAGCAAGCUAGGUUCACUUUAGCUCCAAAGAUAAUUUGUACAGAAAAAAUUUCCAGACUGCUCAUUCUACACAUUUGAUAGAAUAGCUCUUUGUUCUCAUGUCUCCUUUCCCCUUCAGUUUGUCUGUUUUCCAUUCUGUUCUCUUGUAUUAUACGGCCGGCCCCAGUUUGUGUUGCGUUUUGGUUCUGCUACCCCUCCUUUUGUGUGUUUGCAUAUACAUUUUUUGGAAACGAGAGUUGCAGUUGGUUGACUGCGGGUAGUGAUGAGAGCUUUUUUUUUUAUAUAUAUAUUUUUCCCAAGUUGAAAUUGUGUUCUGGUCUACAAUUACAAAGAGCUUCAGCUCAAACAUAAGAGUUAUCCAGUGUGUUGGAUAAGUUAACUUACUUUUUGCUCUCACUUUGAUAGAAUAGUAGUGUGUCUCAGAUGGACUCUGAGGGAGUGCGCUCUGACAGACUGACUGGCUUAGACCAAACUCUGAGCCCCCCCCCCCAAUCCAAUCCCUAUUGUAGCUGAGCGCACCCAUUUGGCUGGACUCCUUUUAUCCUUUCACGGCCAGAUAGCAUUUCAAGUUCAUUUAUGGAAUAAGAGUUUAUAUGCAGUUUCAUGCCCGGUUUGAGGUGGGGAUGUCUGCUUCACCUUUUUUUAAUUUCCACCUUUUUUCUUCUUGCUGUCUAUUUUUUUUUUUUGGCUGCUGGCUUGGAACAAACCGUGGUGUGCACCUGCAGUCUGUGGCCAGGGGAGGGCCCCACUCAAUGCUCUCCUGGCCCAAUCGUUCAUGUGCUGGUUUCUAAGAUCUGCAAUAAUUUACUGCAUCAGGUUAAUGUUUUUACCUGAACAUAAAAUAAAGUAACUGUUUGACUCA